UUAGGUAAUAGGAUCAUCAGAGAGUAAGCCCCUCCUUUGGAGGCCCAGUGUUUGUCAGGUUAGCAGUACGUGCAGUCAUCGUUUUCUCUGGGAAGUGAACUGGUGUUACUUUGGCGCCUGUAAUUAACAAGCAUGUUGAAAACUUCAGAAGAGCGCUCACUUUUGGUUCUGGAGAACUACAUCGGAGGAAAGUUCGUCUCUUGUCGGAGUUACAUCGACUCCUACGACCCGUCAACUGGCGAGGUCUACUGCAAAGUGCCGGACAGUGGCAAGGAGGAGGUGGAUGCAGCAGUGGCAGCAGCUAAAGAAGCGUUCCCCAAAUGGUCUGCAUGCAGCCCAGAGCAGCGAGCGAAGAUCCUCCACAAACUGGCUGACCUGAUUGAGGCCAACCUUGAGGAGUUUGCACAAGCUGAGUCCAAAGACCAAGGUAAAACGAUAACAGCUGCACGGACUGUGGAUAUUCCUCGGGCAGCGUACAACUUCCGCUUCUUUUCGACAUCCAUGCUUCACCACACCACCGACUGCAGCACAAUGGACCACAUGGGCUGCCUGAACUACACUGUCCGCUGCCCCGUGGGAGUGGCUGGUUUGAUCAGUCCCUGGAAUCUGCCCCUGUACCUUCUGACCUGGAAGAUUGCACCUGCAAUCGCUGCAGGCAACACAGUGGUGGCCAAACCCAGCGAGAUGACCUCUGUGACCGCCUGGAUGCUGUGCAAGUUGAUGCAGCAAGCAGGUGUUCCUCCCGGUGUCGUCAACAUCGUAUUUGGCAGUGGUCCAAGAGCCGGUGACGCGCUUGUUAGUCACCCCGAGGUCCCUUUAAUCUCCUUCACCGGGUCCACAGCCACCGCCCAGCGCAUUACCGAGCGGAGCGCCCCCUACUGUAAGAAGCUCUCACUGGAGCUCGGAGGCAAAAACCCAGCUAUUAUUUUUGCUGACGCAGACUUAGACCAGUGCAUCGAGACCACCGUCCGAUCCAGCUUUCUCAAUCAGGGAGAAGUCUGCCUGUGUACCAGCAGGAUUUAUGUAGAGAGGAUCAUCACAGGCAUAUCUGACAGCUCCCGUGUCAUGCAGGAGGAGAUCUUUGGUCCCGUCACCUGCAUCAGCCCCUUUGAUACUGAGGAUGAAGCUGUUGCCAGGGGCAAUGGUGUACGUUACGGUCUGUCAGCCACAGUGUGGUCCAAGGAUGUGGGGAAGGUUCACAGGGUGGCCCAGCGGUUGCAAGCAGGUCUGGUGUGGACCAACUGCUGGCUGGUGAGAGAUCUGAACCUCCCAUUUGGAGGAAUGAAGAACUCUGGUGUGGGAAGGGAGGGAGGAAAAGAUUCCUAUCACUUCUUCACAGAGGUGAAGAGUAUCACUAUCAAGCACUGAGAGAGGAAAGUUUGUUUGUUUGUAGAAUACAAAAGUCAAAAAUGUCUGUAGCAACAAAUCAAAUCCAAUAUAAAUUUGCCACCAUUUGCCAAUAAAGUUGCUGAAAUUGCA